AAAAACUACACCUUCCUUCCUUUCUCCGCCUCAUAAAUAAAUAUAUAUAAAAAAAAAAAAGGGGAGUAUGAUUGAUGAAGGCAAGAUGAACAUGCAACGUGAUAAACUACUAGAGAGUACAAUUGUAAGCAACUCUUUCUCCACAUACAGCCUUGAUUCCAGGGCUUCUCUCUCUCCAGCAACAACAAUGAACAGGAAUCUCAGAGAGUCUCUCGCCGGUGGGAGGAAUACUCCGGCGAUCUCACAGUUUCGCAGAGGCAAUAACAACAACAACCUCUCUCAGAACGGUUUCUCUAGAGAUUCCGAUGAGAAUCUGGAUCUCUUCUCCAAGAUCCGCCGCUCGUUCCCGUUGUCUUCUUCAGACGAAUUACCCGACGUUUCUGCUAAACUCGGGAGGCUCUCUGUCGGAUCCAAACCAGCUCCCAGAGGCAAAGGUGAUGAUCUUUUGUCCUCUGCUGAAGGAGGCAAAAAUGAUUAUGACUGGCUUCUUACUCCACCUGGAACACCUCUUGGAAACGACUCUCAUUCAUCUUUGGCUGCUCCAAAGAUUACACCUUCCGCUAGAGCCAGCUCUGCUUCAAAGGCAUCAAGGCUUUCGAUUUCACAGUCUGAGACAAGUUACCACUCCACACGUCCAGCUAGAAGCAGCUCCGUGACGCGCCCAUCCCUCUCCACCUCACAAUACAGCUCAUUUACUUCAAACCGUUCACCAUCAUCAAUCCUAAACACUAGCUCAGCUUCUGUCUCAUCCUACAUCAGACCUUCAUCCCCUAGCUCCCGUUCCUCAUCUUCCGCUAGACCUUCCACUCCCACCCGUACUUCUUCAGCAUCACGCGCCUCAACUCCGUCAAGAAUCCGUCCCGGGUCAUCUAGCUCAUCCAUGGACAAGCCCAGACCGUCCCUGAGCUCGAGACCAUCGACUCCAACAUCAAGACCACAGAUUACAGCUAACUCCCCAAACAUAGUUGCUUCUAGACCAAACUCUCGUCCUUCUACGCCUACGCGUCGAACCCCAUCCAUCUCAUCUGCAUCUGCAACAUCAGGAUCAAAUAUUUCAAGCGGACGUGGAGCAGCAAACGGUCGUGUCACACCUUCAUUGUCUAGGCCAAGCUCUCCUGGACCUAGAGUCAGAACCACCCCUCAACAGCCGAUUGUGUUAGCAGACUUCCCUCUUGAUACACCACCUAAUCUCAGAACAUCUCUCCAGGGAAGACCAAUAUCAGCUGGGAGGUCUAGACCAGCAGCUGGUAGCAGCAUCACGGCGAAGGCAAGUCCAGAACCAAAAGGUCCACUGACGAGAAGGAACUCAUCUCCUGUUGUGACUAGAGGAAGACUCGCAGAGACUCAAGGAAAAGGCCGUUAUGGUGGUGGUAAUGGACUGCAACACCACAUGGAUGCACCAGAGCCUCGGAGGAUUUCAAACGUUGCAGAUGUAACUUCACGGAGAACCCUGAAGACUUCUUCAACUGUCACUGAUAAUAACAAUGGGCUUGGGAGGUCAUUCUCAAAAAAUUCACUUGAUAUGGCCAUCAGGCAUAUGGACAUAAGAAACGGUAAGUCAAACGGUUGUGCACUAUCAACCACGACGUUAUUCCCUCAGAGCAUCAGACAAGCCUCGUCCAAGAUACAGCCGAUCCGUUCAGUAAAUAACCAUUCGGAUUCUAUUAGCAGUAGCGGCGCAGAGAACGGGAACGAAGCAAACGAGGGAAGAAGACUGAUGGGGAAGCUGAGCGACAUGGACAUGUAUGAGAGCUCGAGGUAUGACGCUUUGUUGCUGAAGGAGGACGUCAAGAACACAAACUGGUUACAUAGCAUUGAUGAUAGAUCAUCAGAUCACGGACUCAUGUUUGACAAUGGAGGAUUCGAGCUUCUUCCUGAGCCCUUUGGCCCACUAUAACACACACAUAUCACAAGUAAACAAACUUUUUUUCUUUCUUUCGAAAACCACUUUUCUCUCUUUUUCAUUUAUUUAUUACACACAAUUUGUUUGCUUGUCAAUGGUGUGGAAAGAGACGGAUUAUCAGAUAUAAGGGUUAUUGGUUCUUUGGUUAUUGAUUCUUGAGUAAGGUUUGUAACUUUGUAGUUAUGUAAUAUUUUUCUAAGAGAUGGUAACGUAACGUGGGACCUGAAAUUCUAUA